AUGGUGCAGGUGAGCCCUUGCGCUCGUUUUGCUAUGCUGGCUCAUCAAGUCGUAAAUGUGGUCUCAAGAGCGUGCUCCUUUACGUCGAAAGAGCACAAUCCUCGCAACGAUAUCAAGAAUUCCAGCGGAUCCGCUCGAGACAGUACAACAGAGCUCGAUCGGGGAGCAUGUGCUGAUGAAAAUGACGGUGAACAUGACGGUGGUCCUGGUAGUGAUGACGAAGACGUGCUAACUUCACUUGGGGCGUCAUACCGAGCGUGGCGCGUGUAUCAUCGAGAGAAAAAAGCACAUGACUACACCAAAAGUAGGUUAGUGGAAUCCAUCAGACGAGAAGCUACGCUUGCAAAGCAAAUGGCGCGUUUUGAUGGGUCUGUGGAGCAAAUUGAGCGCGCAUUCAUGAGGCAGGAAGAUCUAGAGGCCACGGUGAUCAUCUUGGUAGAAAAAUAUGACACUGUAGUGACGAGGCAAGCGACAGAGAACGACAAUGAGCUCGAUCUUGAAAGUCAGUGCCCGUUGCGCAUUCAUCGUCUCCAUGAAGCAGACGCUUUGCAUUGGAAAACGCAGUGCGAACAACUCCUUUCAGAAUUGGCAUCGAUCAAUUUGGAGAAAAACCGACUGAUUGAAGAGCUUCGGAAGGCAAAGAAGACUGCAGUGUUAAUCAUGAACCGGCAGUACGUUCAUCUUGAGACGGGGAUGAGCAGUGCGCCGCAAUUGCUUCCGCGUGCCGCUCGACGCCAGAAAAAUGAUAUCAAAAAGCGAUCGUACAGCGACAUCGCAAUCGUUCAAGACUGA